AUGGAUUGCUUAAAUUUAAUAAAUAUAAUUUAUAAUCAAUUGUACUUCAAUGUUGCUACAGAUAGUGACACAGAGGAAGUACCUGAAUACUCAGAUAACGCUACGGCAUCUAGGUCCACUGAAGAAGUAUCUAAAUCAUCAGAUAGCAGUAUGACAUGUAAUUUUACUGAAUUAAGCAUUCAAGAAUCAAUGGAUUUUAUUAAAAAACAAAUAGACUGUGCAAAAUUUCAUAACUAUCCCGGUUAUGUAAGAAUGUUUUUAAAAAAAGAAGAGGAUAGGGUUAUAGCAGAAAAACUCUUAGAUUUGUUUAUAGAAAUACUUAACGCUAAGGAUUCUGAUAAACUUAAGACAAUGAUUGAACUCUAUAGACAAAAGAUAACAAUGAAUGAAGAUGAAAAUAUGAAACAGAUUAAAAAACUUAAUGGUACAGUUGUUUUCUAUUUAAAUGAAGAUGAAGUAAAUUUACAAUCAGAUUUAUAUGAAAUAAUUAAAGAUGAUGAUGGUAUUAUAAAAGGAUAUGAUAAUGCAGACAAACAAAAAAUAAAAAAUAAUGAUGUUUUUAUUUCUAAAAAAUUAGAUGAAAAUUUAAUUAAAAAAACUCUUAAUGAACAUAUAAAUGAAGAUAAUUUAAAAGGAAUAUUAUACUUACUUACUGAUAUCAAAUCAUUAGAUAUUUUUAUAUCAAAAGAGUUAUAUGAAUUUAAACCAAUAAGUCAAAAUGUGAUUGAUAAAAGUACAAUAAAUCAAUAA